GGGAUUUCUGGUCACUCGCUGUUCAUACCCCCUCCAUUGAAUGUUCUUUCGUGGCCCUCGUUUCGCCAGCCAUGUUACCUUCCGCUUCUCUCGCAGCUCUCCUGCCCCGCGCCGAAGAGGGCAGUGCUUCUGAUGCCUGUGAUACAGGAAAUGAGUUUGAUGGCCGUCUGGGCCUGCGUAUAUCCGCAGUUUUUGUAAUCCUGAUCGGUUCCUCCUUUGGUGCCUUGCUCCCUGUUUGGGCUCGAUUCGCGUCUCCCAAGCUUGGAAAAAUGCCAAUGAGUGUCCUCCCUUGGGCUUUUUUUGUUGCAAAAUACUUCGGUUCAGGUGUCAUUGUGGCGACAGCUUUUAUCCACCUCCUUGCACCCGCCCAUGAAGCUUUGACCAACCGCUGUUUAACAGGGCCCCUUACUGCAUACCCCUGGGUGGAAGGGAUCACGCUUAUCACAAUUAUCGUCCUUUUCUUCACUGAACUCAUGGUCAUUCGAUUCGCUCGCUUUGGAGAUGGACAUAUUCCCAAGGAGAUUGAAAACGGUUCCCAGUCGCCCAGCCAGGUCUCGCAUUCCCAAGACCAGCAGCCGGAAAUUGCACCUUCCGAUAACACACAAGACCAUAUGGGCCAGAAUCACGAGCAUCUGGCGAAUUCGUCUUCUUCCAACGAGAACAACAACAACAACAACAACAACCACUCCCGUCUUACAGAGAAAAGAUCGCUCCACAACCACGUUCAAGACCAUCACCACCAUUCCCACAGUCAUGGUCUCCCUUCCCUCGUAGUAGAUUACAGCGCGCAGCUAACCUCCAUCUUCAUCCUCGAAUUCGGCAUCAUUUUCCACUCAAUCUUCAUCGGCCUCACUCUCGCCGUCGCCGGCCAAGAAUUUGUAACUCUCUACGUCGUGCUAACCUUUCACCAAACCUUCGAAGGUCUAGGUCUAGGCUCGCGUCUCGCAACAGUCCCCUGGCCGCGCUCCAAGAAACUAACACCAUACCUGCUUGCCAUCGCCUUCGGCCUCUCUACUCCAAUUUCCAUUGCCGUUGGCCUGGGUGUUCGCAUGACAUAUCCGGCGGAGGGGCGGACUACGCUGAUAGUGAAUGGCGUCUUUGAUUCGAUAUCUGCGGGCAUCCUGAUAUACACAGCUUUAGUGGAAUUGAUGGCGCAUGAGUUUGUAUUCAGCCCCUCGAUGCAGCGGGCACCACUCCGGGAGGUGCUGGCUGCGUUCGGACUUCUCUGUUUGGGCGCAGGGCUGAUGGCCCUGUUGGGAAACUGGGCUUGAUAUUUAUUUUUAUUUUUAUUUUAGAUGAUAUACUACUUUAAAACGGUUAUCAUCGGUUGGUCUUUUUAUUUUGACAAAAAGUUCAGUUGGUACAUAUAUAUAUAUAUAUAUUGGGAUUUAAUAUGGUUUGGCCAGGUUUGGUUUGGAGAAGGGAAAAAAAAGAGCAUUGAUUUUAUGCAUACCUUUUCAUUGAUCUACUCGUGAUUUCGAAAACAUUUUUCCUUUUGUCUUGGGGCCAGCGGGGCCGGGUUUCUGCUAGCGAUGAAGUCCAUAUUUGAUCGGCGACGUUAUCCCUUUGUAUUUCUUUCCCCCUGUGCCUGCGCUGUGUGACUUCGUUAUGUGGCAUCUACCUGCAUCUAGCUAUUCUAGGGUCAGUGGCUUAGUGGACCGAAUAAGAUUUUUUCGGGCAUUUGC